AUGGCUAUUCAUCGUUCAUUAGUUAUUUUUGCAAUAGUUGCUUUGAUGGUUCCGGCGAUCUCACUUGCUACGGAUUUCGUAGUUGGCGAUGAUUAUGGGUGGACAUUAGGAAUUAAUUACGAAGAGUGGGCUAAAGACAAGCAGUUCUUUGUUGGGGACACUCUUGUUUUUACGUACAACGCUACAUUUCACAAUGUGUACAAAGUGAACGGAGAUGAUUUCCAAAGUUGCACUGUUCCAUCCAACAAUAGCUUGGUCUUUUUCACUGGAAAUGACACAAUUAAAUUGGCAACCACCGGUAAUGAAUGGUACGUUUGCGGCGUCAUCGGCCAUUGCGAUCUUGGGAUGAAACUUAAUAUCACAGUGGUAGACGGUACUGGCCCAGCUGCAGAUCCUAGCGCUGCUUGA